CGGAUAUCGAGAUGCACACGGAUACGGACACGGUCACAGACACGGACAAGGAUCCUUAUAAAAACCUCGCUGCUUUAGAGGCUGUCCUGAAGCUGAAAUCAAACGGGGACAAUAUAAAUUUUCUGGUCGACCCCGGGAGCAUUCUAUUGGAGAUGUUCAGUAUUUACACACUCGUGAAAAGCCCAGGUAAUGUCAAAGGAAGUAGAGCUCAUGCCGAUGGUGUUUUUCAACUCGCAAACUUCUGGCUAAACAAACUUGGAAAAAAAAACACCUUCAAGCCCACAGUUUUAGCAAAGGUUUCGCGCGGAGAAAAGUAUGCAAUAGGGUGUACAAUGGCAGUUAGUCAUUACCUAAGGCCUAUUUGUUUGUAUAACAGAAUCAUUCGCCUCAAAAAACCUCUCCGAGAGAAAAUUAUACAUUUCGAUCACAUGAAAUUAAGAGAAGAUGCUAAAUGGGAAUUUCGAGCAUUUCUACGGCAAGCUAAGGACAAAGGAUAUGAUUCCAAAAUAGAUCUUUGUAAAAAUUGUCAAACUUUCUUUAUUGGUGAUUGUUGGGAAGAGGGACAUUCAACAUAUCUAGGGGCAUGUGCAGAGUAUUGUGCUGUUAACGAGCUUCUACCAAAUGAACAAACCUUAGAAGAGUGCACUUCUGAACAAACCUUAGAAGAGUAUCUUCUGAAACGAAAUCUGUGGCGAUGUGAACGUCUUUUUAAAGACUUUCGUAGCAUAUCAGACAUAUGCACAAAGGUGUGUAACAGAACAGAAAUUGACAAAUCAGAGGUAAAGGAAGCGUAUUGGAAAGUAAUAUAUAAAUUACACAUUUUUGGUCUUAAACCAGAAUGCAGUCCUUACUUCUAGCUUUUUUCCCGUACGUACCUUGCACAUGGGGUUGGCAGGUUUUGGCAGGAUGAGAUUCCGAUCCUUUUUUAGUCUUCAUAACAUAUUGAACGAGAUCAAGAAAACCUCUUGCAGUGUUUUUAAAUGAAAUGGAUUGUGUACUGCAAAUCUGUAUCACUUCAAACCUAGUCACUACACUUUUAGGGUAAGUUUAAAGUGAAACAGAUUGAUUAAAAUUAGAUGUACCAUUGCUCUCGUAUGAUGGAUGUUACACGGUUUUGCAGUCUUAAAACUAGCAUAACCUCGCUCUGAUUAGAAACUUACAGGUUGCUUGGCUGUCGGAUAGAGCAAUAAGUUGAAUUUAUUGCGCACACCCGCAAAUUACUACUUAAGUUAAGCUAUAAUUAUGAGAACUUGAACAACAGUCUAAAAGCCUAGUCGUUGCUGUCUGUUCAUAUCAGCCGUGUUUAAGAAAAACAGGAAUAAUUUUCUGCAUAUUUUCUCUUUUCAGACCAUGGUUUAACAAUAUUUUACGAAUUCAGGCACUUACAAAAUUGCGUUUUUUAAAAUGGAAUUUUUCUCCUCCUUAUAAAAAGAGAGAGUUUUCAUUCAAAGCUGUUAAUCCUCUCAGCUGAAUCCAAUGCCUGUAUUGUAAGACUGUAUUGUAUUCAAAUAGAUGGCAAAUAAAUAAAACAAGAGAGUUCCUCAAA